AUGCGGAGCCGAACCACUCUGAGAUCCCUUGUGAGUGUGUACGUGGGAAUUAAGCGCUCUGAGAACUCACCGAGCAAAGGCGAGCAGAACUCUCUGCUGAGGCUUGUGACAGGCUCCGUCGAGAUCUCCAAUGAUCGUCUCGUUAAGGGCUUCUCUUGGUUGGUAGCCUCAGUGAAGGAGCAGAACCGCAUGUUGAAUGCCCUGAGUAGCCAAGUUGACGGCUUGAAGGCACGCGUUGUGACACCAGUUGGUAACGUUGAUGGACCGGCCGUUUCGGCGCAGGAGGAGAUGCUUGUGAUGCAGAUCAAUGCCAUCAAGCACGAGGUUGGCUCGCUUCCGCGGUCGAGCGACUUGGAGCGACAGCGAGAGCGGACCAUGGCCGAGGUACAGAAUAUCUCGAGCGCCCUCAGUGACCGCCAUCGAGAGUCUGCUGAACGCUUGCAGAAGGAACUCGCCGACGUGACGGAUUCCUUGUGCAACCAGCUGAAGCGCAUCAAUGAUGACGUCUUUUCAAGGCUCGAAAGCCUCGAGCAACGGCCACAGGUCGUGCCGCAACAGGUGCCAACCGCGACGUUGCCAGCGGCAGCAUCGCAGCCGCGGCCCCCAUCACAGCCACAACCGCCGCAGGCGCAGGGAAGCAUCCCGCCUCUUCCGAAUCCCGUCUCUUCCUCCAGCAUUGCCGCGGAAGACACGGAGGAUCACACUGAUGGUUUGGUGGCGUCCGAGACGCCAGCUGUGACGGGAGUCCCUACCUCCGCUGACCAGGCUCUUUUGAGUGCCAUUACCGGGCGCUUGGAAGGCUUGGAGAGGCAAGUUGAGGAGCUGCGCAACGAGGUACGUCAACCUUCUACAUCGCCUGUCGAUGCCAGUCUGCCUUCUGCCGCAGAAACUUCUCUUGCGCAUCAGAGCGCCUCGGAACAUGCCCCCAAUCCCCCCACAAGGGAUGGAGGGGUCAAGCCGGCCGAGACAGCUUUUGUUACGGCUCCGCAAGAGGACGUGGGUCCAGCUCCUGCAGUGCCCAGUUCAGCCGCAGAUUUGCAUGCAAGCUCGCAGCCUGCUGAUGCGGGGCUGGAUGUUGGUGCAGUUCUUUCGGCUGCUGUGGCGGCAGCUACAGAGGCCGCCACAACGGCAGCGACUCAGGCCAUUGCCGAGGCCAAGCAAAGCGAACAAGGGCGUUCAGCGCCUUUGCCGGAGGAGAUGCUCGAUCUGCAGAGGAAGCUGGACACCCUUGCACAGAGCGUGUCCGAAAUACUCAGAUCCCAGGAGGUUCCAGCACAGCAGGAAGCGCAACAGGCACAGCAAACAAAGAGCGCAGAAUCGUUGACAGAGACCCCAUCCACACAAGAGGCCAGUGGAGCCGGCGUUGACUCCAGAAUCCGAUUGGACUUGGCUGCUGUACAGGAGCGGCUAGCAGCAAUGGAAGCAGCUCUGAAGCAGACUGAAGACAUCUUACCUCAGGCUAGGAACGUGCCUCAUUUGGAAGCCACCAUCCACAGGAUGCAGCUGUCUCUCGAGUCGCUUCGCUCGCAGCCAUCGCAGACAUCGCAGCCGCAGCCGCAGCCUGCUAGUGAUGCAAAGGUCGUCACCGCAGUCACACAGGAGGAAGUUCGCAAGGAGCUUCCGGAGCCAGCUCCUGAAGACACAAGCAGAAACAAGGAGGCGCUGCUUUCCAACGAGGAGCUCGAAAGACUGAUGACUCGGCUCCAAGAUGUGGAGGAGCUCCAAGAGAAGGCCGAGAAAAGACUCCAGCAGUUGGAGAGCCGAUCGCGCGAGGUCCGAAGUCGAAGUGGAUCGAUAAUCAGCCUGGACAGAAAGCCGCUAGCCAGCCACAGCACAGCAUCAAAGGCAGCUUCAAAAACCUCCGAGCCCUCCAGCGGAAUGGGCGGAUCAUGGAAGGACGUGCAGGCCGAGCUAGAACGCUUCCGGAAGCUUUUCGAGUUCAUCGAGGGCGUUCUCCCGCAAGAUGCCGCGGCAGCCAUGAAGUUCUUCAACCGUCGUGAAGCAGGCAAGGAAGAGUUGUCCGAGAUGGUGUCCGAUGUUUUUGGAGCUGAUAUCGAGUUCCAGAAUGCGAAGUCGCAGCUUGAGAGCGAGUUCAAGAUGCAGACUCGUGAGCUCCGACGAGAGUUCGACAAGCUCACAUUAGCACUGAAGGGCCUGCAGCGUGAAGUGGACACGUCCGGCAGCAAGGUGGUGGACCUGACCAGACGGACGUCACAGCUUGAGACAGAGGUUCGAACGUCGCCUGCUGUGGCCAUAUCGUCAAUGGAGGAUCCACACCAAGAGCCAAGUCCACGUGGUCCAGGUGAAGGUAGGCGCGACAGCAAGGAGAUCCGCGACAAGGCGCUUCAAGGCCUUUCCCAAGAGCUGCAGCGCGCGAUGCAGGAGCUUCGUGAAGAGAUCCGGCAAUGGAUCGAACUCUUCAAAACCAGUGUGGUGCAAGCUCUACAAACCAAGCCUGAUCAUGAACAAGUCGCGGAAUUCAUCAAGCAGGUGGUGGGAGCAUCAGCGGGUGAGCAAGUGGCGCUCUUCGCCAAGCGGCAGCUCCUAGGCAAGUGUGCAUCGUGUUCAGCGCCUAUCGAUGUUGAUCUGGUUCGCGUGAAGCGACCGCAGCCAAUCGGGCUGCAAGAACACUGGCCUCCGGGCGAGAACGUUGGAGCCAAGGUGGCCAUACGGCCCUUGAACGCGGGGCCAGUGAGUCCACACAGGCCAGCGCAAGGGCUGCUGCUGAUGUCGGCUCCCUGA